ACAUAGCAAAGGUCAAAACCAGUCAAAACUUUUUAGCUUCAUUUUUCAUUUUUACAUUUUUACUUUUUGUGUGUAGUGUAAAAUUAAAAUUACUAUUUGAAUACAUAAAAUCAAGUGUAAUGCAAUGGAUGGAAAACAAGAAAUCAGCGAGGAAACGUGUACAAUAAAAAUAGAGUGUAAUGACUUGGAUUAUGAUCUUUUGGAAGGCUUUAAAUGUGAAAUUCAAGAUGAGUUCAACAGGGACACAUAUGAUUCGUUAGACUUGAAGACAUGUCCCACAAUUAAGACUGAAAUAGAACAACAUGGAAAUAAACUUAAUCCAUUUGACGAGAACCAAGAAAGUGAAAAAGGUUAUCUUCAAGAUGAAAUCAAAAUGGAAAUUACAGAGAAACUGAUUGAAGAUUCGUCUUACGAAGCAAAUUAUAUUAUGAGUCAACACACUGAAGGAACAACAUUAAAUACAAAUAAGGAAGUUGUGACUGUAAAAAAACCUUAUAAAUGUGAAAUUUGUUUUAAGACGUUUGCUCACAACUCUUUUUGGGAAAAACAUUUGAGAGUACACACUGGAGAAAAACCUUACAAGUGUGACAUUUGUUUUAAACAAUUUAGUGAAUCAAGUAAUUUGAAAAGACAUUCGAGAGUGCACACCGGGAAAGAACCUUACAAGUGUGAGAUUUGUUUAAAUCGGUUUGCUCGAAAAGAUCAAUUAACUUAUCACAUGACACGUCACAUGGGAGAAAAACCUAACAAGUGUGAAAUUUGUUUAAAAAAGUGUUUUUCUGCAAGUGCUUUGACAAAACAUUUGAGAGUGCACACUGGGGAAAAACCUCACAAGUGUGAAAUUUGUUUCAAGCAAUUUCGUGAAUCAGGUACUUUAAAACAACAUUUGAGAGUGCACACUGGGGAAAAACCUUACAAGUGUGAAAUUUGUUUUAAACAGUUUAAUAGAGCAAGCACUUUGAAAGUACAUUUGGGAAUUCACACUGAAGAAAAAACUCACAGGUGUGAAAUUUGUUUAAAACAGUGUAGUUCUGCAAGUGAUUUGACAAAACAUUUGAGAGUGCACACUUGGGAAAAACCUCACAAGUGUGAAAUUUGUUUUAAGCAAUUUCGUGAAUCAGGUACUUUAAAACAACAUUUGAGUGUGCACACUGGGGAAAAACCUUAUAAGUGUGAAAUUUGUUUUAAACAGUUUAAUAGAGCAAAUAAUUUGAAAGUACAUUUGGGAAUUCACUCUGAAGAAAAAACUCACAACUGUAGAGUUUGUUUUAAGCAGUUUAUUACAGCAAGUAAGUUGAAAGUACAUUUGAGAGUGCACACUGGAGAAAAACCUCACAAGUGUGAAAUUUGUUUUAAGCUGUUUAUUACAGCAAGUGAGUUGAGACAACAUAUGAGAGUGCAUACGGAAGAAACACCUUAUCGAUGUGAAAUUUGUUUAGAUCAGUUUGCUCAAAAAUAUCAAUUAACUUUUCACAUGACUGUUCACACUGGAGAAACACUUAACAAGUGUGAAAUUUGCUCUAAGCAAUUUAGUAAAGCAAGUACUUUAAAAAAACAUUUGAUAGUGCACACAGGAGAGAAACCUUACAAGUGUGAUAUUUGUGAUAAACAAUGUAGUCAAGCAGCAAAUUUGAAAUCACAUUUGAAAGUGCACACUGGGGAAAAACCUCACAAGUGUGAAAUUUGUGAUAAGCAAUUUAGUGAAGCAUAUACUUUAAAACAACAUUUGAAAGUCCACACUGGUGAAAAACCUUACAAGUGUGAAAUUUGUUUUAAACAAUUUAGUCGAUUAAGCAGCUUAAAAAAACAUUUAAGAGUGCACACUGGGGAAAAACCUCACAAGUGUGAAAUUUGUUCAAAACAGUUCCGUACUGCUAGUGAUUUAAAAAAUCACCUAAGAACACACACUGGAGAAAAACCUCACAAGUGUGAAAUUUGUUUUAAACAAUUUAGUCGAGUAGGCAUCUUAAAAAUACAUUUAAGAGUGCAUACUGGAGAGAAACCUUACAAGUGUGAAAUUUGUGAUAAACAAUUUAGUCAAGCAGCAAAUUUGAAAUCACAUUUGAAAGUGCACACUGGGGAAAAACCUCACAAGUGUGAAAUUUGUGAUAAGCAAUUUAGUGAAGCAUAUACUUUAAAACAACAUUUGAGAGUGCACACUGGUGAAAAACCUUACAAGUGUGAAAUUUGUUUUAAGCAAUUCAGUGACUCAAGUACUUUAAAAAAGCACACGAGAGUGCAUACGCGAGAAAAACCUCAUAAGUGUAAAAUUUGUCUGAAGCAAUUUAGUGGAGGAAGUAGUUUAAAAAAACAUUUGAGACUGCAUACUGGAGAAAAGCCUCACAAGUGUGAAAUUUGUUUUAAGCUGUUUAUUACAGCAAGUGAGUUGAGACAACAUAUGAGAGUGCAUACUGGAGAAACACCUUAUCGAUGUGAAAUUUGUUUAGAUCAGUUUGCUCAAAAAUAUCAAUUAACUUUUCACAUGACUGUUCACACUGGAGAAACACUUAACAAGUGUGAAAUUUGCUCUAAGCAAUUUAGUAAAGCAAGUACUUUAAAAAAACAUUUGCUAGUGCACACAGGAGAAAAACCCCACAAGUGUGAAAUUUGUUUUAAACAAUUUAGUCGAGUAGGUAGAUUAAAAAUACAUUUAAGAGUGCAUACUGGAGAGAAACCUUAUAAGUGCGAAAUUUGUUUUAAGCAAUUCAGUGAAUCAAGUACUUUAAAACAGCACUCGAGAGUGCAUACAGGAGAAAAACCUCAUAAGUGUGAAAUUUGUCUGAAGCAAUUUAGUGGAGGAAGUAGUUUAAAAAAACAUUUGAGACUGCAUACAGGUGAAAACCCUACAAGUGUGAGAUUUGUUUAGAACAGUUUGCUCAAAAAUUUCAAUUAACUUUUCACAUGAUAGUUCACAUUGGAGAAGAACCUCAUGAGUGUGAAAUUUGAAUUAAGCAAUUUAGUAGAGCAGAUGUUUUAGAAAGACAUUUGAGAGUGCACACUGAGGAAAAACCUUACAAGUGUGAAAUUUGUUUUAAACAGUUUAAUACAGCAAGCAAUUUGAAAGUACAUUUGGGAAUUCACACUGAAGAAAAAACACACAAGUGUAGAGUUUGUUUUAAGCAGUUUAUUACAGCAACCCAAGUAACACCGAACGGGUUUAUUAAGUCUUUUAAGGAUGCUUUAAAACUGUAGAAUAAAACUAAAAUUAAAACCAUUUGGUUUUAAGUAAACCUUAAGGUUGCAAUGAAACCGCUUUCAGCAUAAAAGGGCCCACUCUGAAAGAGGUCAAUAAAACCAAAAAUAAAAACCUUCUUAAAACUUUGUGUUCUUAAGCAACUGGUUUUAAAGCUUCUGUGAAGGUACUUUUAAAACCGUGUUAAAAGACACUUUAAGGGAACACAGUUUUAUAGCAAACUUAAAAAGGUUUCUUAAAUGGAGACUUUUAAAGACAAUUUACCAUAUUAAAUGAUUCUUUUAACCCAUAUACUCCAUUUAGGCCAACAAUUUUUUUUCAUGUGUUAUGAUAGGUAUAUACGUAUUUGUAACCAUAAAAUAAUAAAAAGUACUUAGUUAUUUCGGAUUGUCAAGGCAGAAAAACACUUGCGCGCCCAACUUUAUUGAUAAUGUUAACAAAAAUAGGUCUAAAUAACUCACGGGCCCUAAAAUUUCUGACUUUUGGCGAUUAAAAAAUAAAAAUAAUAAAAAAAAUUUAAAUCCGAAAAAUAUUAAUUCGAAAGAAAUAGCUAUUUGUAUAACAAGGGAGGAAAGUGCUACUUUUCCUCCCGAGAAUGAAGUUUAAUCAUUCAAGGGAGGAAAAGGCACUUUACUCCCAUGUUGUACAUAUGGUUUUUCCACCUUCCUCAAAUAACAAGUCAUUUUUUCAUUUUUACUUAAUUUAUUUAUGUAACUAACCAACAAAAUUUAUUAGAACUAAAACUAACAAGUACGUACAAUAUAACUGUCAACUGUCAAAUAUAAGUCAAAUUAAUAAUGUAAACAUUGUUAAAUCAAAAUAACAAUUUACUGUUUUUUACCAUUCUGCAAAAUACAGAGUGUUUUAUAAAUAAACGUUAAAAUGUAUAGAAACUUACGUAAUAGAAAAUAGAUAUUGUACAGGGCGUCAAUAAGUUACAUUUCCUGAAUGAAAUACCAUGACGUCACUUUUACUUUUCCUCCCUAGGGAGGAAAAAUAUUUUAAAAGUACAACUUCGCUCCCUAUAAUCAGGUCCGGAAAAGUAUACUUUCGGUAGAGGUAGGUGGAAAAAUAGUUUUAUCUACAAUUUUAAUGUUUUAAUGUUAAAAUAAAUCGAAUUUAUGCCUCUAA